UUAUUGUACAUAGGUAGGUGUAGACGGCGAUGUGUUACGCCAGAGGCCACCAUCUUCUACAUUAUUUAGGCCGGUCAUUCCAACCAUUUGAUUAUUUUUUGACGAAAAAUCCAGCUGAUUCUGGUCUUCUUGGUCAGUUGGUCGUCUCUAACUUCAGCCGCCAGCCAGGUAUUCAAUAGUUUGCUUGCCGUCUUCGGUGGUGAUUGCAGCUGCUGAACUGCUUAUAUGGAGCACUUUUGAACCUUCAACUGUUAGAAUGUUUGAUUCCGGACUUUUAAUCCUUCAGUAACCGGUCCGUUCUCCUUAAAUCAGUUUGGUUUGUGGGGAUUAUACUUCAGUUGCCGAAAGUGUGAGGUGCCUGCACAUUGUACUUCUCCUGUCCCGUCAGAUACUCUUCUUUUGUUAUCGGUGAUGGUAAUUCAUGAGUUUAGUGAUGGUUCCACUAUAUCAUGAAUGCGAAGGAUGAAAUUUAGGUGUAAUAUCUCAUUGAGAAUGGCAGUAAUUAUUUGGAGCUUCUUACUGGUGGUGCAAUGGCCCAUAAUCUUUGCCUCUGAGUUGUUGGUACAGUUAAAGGUUUGUGGCACCGAUCACAUCAGCUACUACAGCAACUUGGAUCAUGAUAUCUUUUACAUAAACGGGAAAUUACUUGAUAAAGAUUUGUUCUGCAAGGCCCUUCAAGUGUACCAUGCAAACCACUGCCUCAUUACAGGAGACCUAGUAAAUCAUUUAUGUGGAUUGGAUCACCCAUUAGGUGAGUUGCCUUCUAAGGCAGGAAGGAAGCUUUUAGACAAGUUUGUUCGAGAAGAUUCUGGGAGACAUCAUUUUCUCCAGAACAGCCACACGAGUCAAGACAAAGACAGUUACAAAUCUUUGUUAAGCCCAAAGAAGUUGGCUGUGUCUGUGCCUGGGGUUUUUAUUCUGUGCUGCAGUUUACUGUGUCCGUGCUUUCGUGCAAGAAAGAAACCAACAGCUCAUAUUCUUUCGAACGACGAAGCCUCAAUGGGUUCAGUUUUCCAUGCACAAAUGAGUCCUGUCCGCGAAAAGGUCCCUGCCAGUCCACUACGAGUGCCUCCUAGCCCUUCUAGAUUCUCCAUGUCUCCACAACUUCAAAGGGUUGGAUCGAUUCAUUUAACUAUGAGUCAGGUUGCCAAGGCCACCCACAACUUUUCACUCUCAGCGAUGGUUGGUGAAGGAGGCUUUGGAACGGUCUACAAGGGCAAGUUACCUGAUGGUCAAGUGGUUGCCAUAAAGCGAGCAAAGAAGGAACACUUCGAAGAUCUAAAUGCUGAGUUCAGGAGUGAAGUUGAUCUUCUGGCCAAGAUUGAUCACCGAAAUCUAGUGAAACUGCUUGGUUUUAUAGAGAAAGGCCACGAACGUGUCAUCAUUACUGAGUUUGUGCCAAACGGUACCCUUAGAGAACAUUUGGAUGGUCAACGUGGUAAAAUUUUAGAUUUUAAUCAGCGACUUGAGAUCUCCAUUGAUAUUGCCCAUGCCCUAACUUAUCUCCAUCUCUAUUCAGAAAAGCAAAUUAUACACCGGGAUGUAAAAUCAUCCAAUAUUCUCCUCACAGAGGGCAUGAGAGCAAAAGUAGCUGAUUUUGGAUUUGCAAGACUCGGUUCAAUGGAGUCUGAUAAAACACACAUCUCAACCAAAGUGAAAGGAACUCUUGGUUACCUUGAUCCUGACUAUAUGAAGACCUACCAACUGACCCCUAAAAGUGAUGUAUACUCAUUUGGGGUAUUAUUACUAGAAAUAUUAACAGGGCGGCGCCCUGUGGACGCCAAGAAACCUCCUGAUGAAAGGAUAACACUUAGAUGGGCCUUCAAGUACCACGGUGAAGGAAGAAACCAGGAGAUGGUGGAUCCUCUGAUGCAGGAAGUGGUCGACAAUGACAUACUGGUGAAAAUGUUCGAUUUGGCAAUCCUCUGUGCAGCACCAACGCGAGCUGAUCGUCCAGACAUGAAAAUCGUGGGGGAACACUUAUGGUCAAUUAGGAUGGAUUAUCUUCGAAGUGGAAGGAGAGGGUAAUAAGGGCGAGUUAAAUGUUUGUUUCCAGAUUCAUUUCUGUUUCUUUCACUGUAAAGCAACACCCCUGUGAAGGUAAACCUUACUUGGGUUUCUCGUAGUAUCUUGUUCCACUGUUACAUUCCUAAAGAUGUGUUUUCAUGCCUGCCGUAGGCUAAUUCACACAAGCAUCUGUUCAUAGGAAAACACCAGAAGAUAUUUCAUUUGGUGAAAUAAUUCUGCUAGUGUGAUGACAAGAAUCGUUUGUCGAUGAUGUGUUGCCAAAAAGAAACUUGCAGUUGUUCCAAUAUGUUGGUUAGGUUUUUCAUUAUGCCGCUACAACAAUAUAUCAAGGCAUUAUUCUAAUCUGUUGGAGUCAAUUUUCCGAGUAUACUGCAAUCAGAAAGGAAAGCUUGUGGACUAUAUUUAGGUUAGUUGAACUUAUUCCUGUUAUGGAUGAUGUGAACUUACUCUUGAAAUGGGAAUUUUAAAAUGGAUGAUGUGAA